CUCGCUUGCCUGUGUCUGCCUGGUUGCCUGGCUGCUCGAUUUGUAUAUAUUUCGGUAUAUUUUCUGCUUUCCAUGCUAUUAUCAUCAUUGUGUUGCCGCUGAUCUGCGUUCGUUGUUUGAUGCCAGCGUUUCAUUAAAGUUUGAGCCGCAGAGCUGUUAACAUCGUGUGAGCGCAUUCGGCAAAUAUUGCAAAUUGCGGUCAACAGGUGUCGCCGCGUGCGUGUGAUAAUUAGCGCUCGAGAAACAACAAAUUUGAAUUCCAAAACUCAAGAAAUAAUAAGAAACGCGUAUAGAAACUAAAUAUAUGUAUACAUAUACAUAUAUUGCGGUAACGGUGCAAAUUGUGAAGUGCUAAAAAUAGAUAUUUAAUAUUUUUCAAAUUCAAGAUCCAGUUCGAGGCGUAAACCUGGCUCAAUCCCCAGCAAACAUGCCGAUCAAAGACGUCCUACAGCGCUGCCGGCCUAUUCCGCUGUACGUGGUGCUGAUCCUAUCGAUCUGCUACUUUGUACUCCAGCUGGUCCUCAGCCACUUGACGCAUGCUUUGACUCUCCUCAUGGCUGCCUAUCACAUGUUGUGCAAUAUUUUGGCACUAGGUGGCUGUGUGAUAACGAUUAAGCACAGCAAACAGCAUGAGACGGCGCCAGCCACACCAAAGCCCACGGACUCCAGCUCCUCGGAUGACAAGAUCGCCGUGGUGCUGACGCUCAGCGAGACGGAGGAGCAACAGCUGGCCAAACGUGAGUCACGAGAGAUGAAGCUGAGGAACACCUUCGGCUGGGCACGCAUCGAUAUACUCACCAUGCUGAUUGUGUUCAUCAUCUUGGCCUCGUUGUCCUUUUCGCUCAUUGUGGAGGCGCUGCAGACGCUGGUCCACAUCGAUCACCAGGAUACGAUGCAUCUGCCCAUACCCGUGAUGAUGCUCGGGUGUGUGGGUCUCAUCUUGAAUGGAUUGACGUAUCUGCUUAUAGGUGGCUACAGCCUGCAUCAGGGCAGCUUUUUGCACCUGACGACGGGCGGCAACGUUGUCCUAGAGCGUUCCAUGUCCAGCCAUUCCGAUCUGGCCCUGAAGCCCAUGCAGCGCACACUGAGCAAGUCGCGCAAUGACCGCCAGCUGCGCCAGGAACUGGAGACGGAGGUGGGCAACAUUUACCUCACAACCAAACGACAGGGCGCUGUGGAGAUGCUGCGCGAUGUGUCCAGCACGCUCUUCGUCAUCGUCUGUGCGGCCAUUGUCUAUGUGGCUGAGGAUGAGCAGCAUACGGCAAAGUUCAUAGAUCCCGUUUUGUCUAUAUUCUCUUGUGUGCUGUUGGUGUCGCUGAGUUAUCCAUAUAUGAAAGAAUCGUGUCUUAUUUUACUACAAACAAUACCCGCCUCCAUUGAUCUGGAGAUCUUUGAGCGUACACUAGUGAAUAAAUUUCCCGAGAUUGUUAGCUACCAUGAUCUGCACAUCUGGCAGCUGGCCGCGCACAGCUAUGUGGCCACCAUACACAUACAGUUCCAGAAUCCCAAGCUCUAUUUGAAGAUAAUUGAGCAGGUGCGUGCCUAUUUCCAUGAGCAGGGCAUUGCCGAGGUGACCAUCCAACCGGAAUUCUCAUCGGCAACCAAUAGAGAUGCCUCAGCAUCUCUAGAGUGUCUUAUGCAAUGCCAGGCGGCCGAAUGCAUUGAAAAGGUUUGCUGUCGCGACUCGCGCUCCGAUCUGCGUGAGGUCAGCAGCAGUCCAGAUGGCAGCAAAUCACCCAAGGCCAAAUCCUGCGCUGAGCUGACCACCGUUGUAGUCGCGAAACCCAAAGAGCUGAACGCGGCGCAACUCAUGCAUGGACAAGACAAUGAAACGUUGACCACAUGUACAUCUAGCGUAUCUCUGCCUACAGAGGCAAGCCCAACUGAUGCCAAAAGCUGUUGAUCGUCCAUAAUUGAUAUAGUCAUAGGAAUUUUACGAUUUUAACUAGACCUUAAGCUUAUUCUAACGAUUUCUACUGCAUUUAGGCUAGUUUCUAAUUAAUUUGCUAAGUUAGCUACG